UGGCGGGUGACAUGGAAGGAAGCACCGAUCUUGUCGGUAGGUUGACGCAGCAAUUGGCGGAUGCUCAACGACAAGUGGAGUACGAGAAGAAGGAGAAGGAGUACUGGAUGAACAAGUACCUGAAACUUCGGCAGCGCCAUACCGUGACAAUUGGACGAGAACGGCGCAAUUCUCGAGAUGAAGAUGAGCUGACUGCCCGGCGCCCUAUGGUAUCAAAUACCCAGCCGUCGCCGACGAUGGAUACCCGGAACCAGAGAUACCCCCCGAUUGAUCUCACGACACCAACGCGACAACGUCAACAACCUCGUCCUAGCUCGAGCGAAGGGCAUUACUACUUUGAAUUCCCAGAGGCGACGUCGAAUGGAGCGCCGGCGCGCCGUGCUCGACCGUUCUCGGCUCCUUCUCCAUCAUCGAAUUCCCCCGUUGAUCUCGCUCCUUCUCAUGGAUCCAAUGGCGUCAACAUUGCUGGGAGGUCCGCAACGACUGGUUCAUUUUCCCACAAUCGGAAUGCUAUGAUGGAGGGUAUAUGGCCCCGGUCAUCCAGCACAUUAUCGACACGGACUCUUGCGAGGGGACGUCCAACUGAAUCGAGGACCGAGGGAGGAGCUGCUUUAAACUCUGCAAGGUCAAGCAAUGGACCAGACGCUCACGAAGAAGCGUCGCUGGCGUUGGCCAUGGCGCUACAGGCGGAGGAAGUGGCCAACGCGCGACAGCAUCAUGCGAGGAUUGCCGAGCAAGUUCGGGAUCAACAAACUGCCCAGAUUUUGCACCAACACAACCGUCCAGCACACAAUUCUCAAGCAUCACAACACUUGCAUUCGCUCAACCUGCUUCGCCAGGCGAUGGCAAGCAGCGCUGCCGAUCCUAACAAUGGAGGCGGCGGCGGCGGCUUGUCUGUGAACAUCGAUACAAUGUCACACGACGAAUUGGUGCAACUUGGCCAGCAGAUGGGCGACGUCAAGCAGGACCGGUGGCGGCAGCGGGCCAUCCACGCCAUCUCGAGGUUGCCCAACCAUCGCCUCAAGCAAGUCCCCACGGGCGACAACUCCAUGUGCAUUGUAUGCCAAGACGAGUUUGCCACCAACGACCACGUGCUCACGUUGCCUUGUGUCCACACGUUUCACUAUGACUGCGUGCAUGGAUGGAUCCAGCACAACAACGCGUGCCCCAUGUGCAAGUUGCCCAUCGAAGACGACGAUGAUGCGUAAACCAUCAAGUGCCGUGCAUGUAUGUCUGCAAAAGGAUGAAAUCCACCAGUCUCGACUUAUGUUUGCUGGUGAAAUCGAAACCGACUGAACGCUGCGAUGGUUGUGGGUGUUGCUGUUGUCGGGGGAGAAGCCCUUGAACGCGCUGCCGUCAUCCCAUCUUGACGCGAUUCCUGUGACGACGUUAUGCCAUGGUCGAGCU